CCUCCCAGGCCUCUCUCUGGUUUUUUCUCUUUAAGCUUUCUCACCCGCACUCUCUCUCUCUCUCUGCAACUUUUGGUCAAUGGCGUCGUCAAGAGAAGGCCACUACAGGGGAGUAAGAAAAAGGCCGUGGGGAAGAUACGCCGCCGAGAUACGUGACCCAUGGAAGAAAACCAGAGUCUGGUUGGGUACAUUCGACACACCGGAAGAAGCUGCACUCGCCUACGACGGAGCCGCCAGGUCUCUCCGUGGAGCUAAGGCUAAAACCAACUUCCCACCUCCCGUCAACGGUCUCUCUCUCGAUCUCAACCUCCCAUCUGAUCAUCACCAACGUUGGGGUCCACCUUCUGCCUCUCAUCACCACCUCCACCACCACCGUCUAGCUCUCGGCGACUUUCUACAAACUGGAGUUCUCAACUCCUGCGGCUCCGAUACGUCGUCGUCUAAAGGAACCAACGUCUCUGUGCAGCUGCAGGAGGGUACUAGUUCUUCUGCGGCGUCGUAUUUGGGGGUCGUUAGACGUGGGUUGCCUAUAGAUUUGAACGAACCACCUCCGUUGUGGCUGUAGGCUGUAACCCCCCGGUUGAAGUCAUUUUACGGCGUCGUCGUUUUUUCACUUGGCAAGUACUAAUCUCCGUUUAAUUUCUUUAAUUAUUAUUUCCCGUUUUGGUUAAAUAUUUGUUAAUGAUCAUCGGCUAGCUUCUGGUUUUUUUCCCCUCAUGUUCUGAUAGAGAAGUAAAAAUAUCGAAUCAUUUCCAAAAAAAAAAAAAA